AUGGGCAAACCCAGACCUCAGAAAAAGAAGUCAUCUAAAUCCAAAUCUAAGUCCGUUCUCAGCGCUGGCAGCUCGAUCUCGAAACAAAAGAUGAACGAAGAUCCUUCUAAGCUCCUCGAGCAAGCAACAACACUUCUCCAGUCAGCACAGCCUGACUUAGCACUUCCGGUAGCCCAACAGGCGCUCCAACUUGCACCGACCAAUUCGCCAACACAGCUUUCGGCCCUAAUCCUAGUCGCGGAGAUCUACGUCGAGCUGGGAGAGAUCGAUAUUGCGAGACAACAUUUUCUGAGCGCGGUUGAGUUGGAUCCGAAUGGAACAACACCCGAAAGCCAGGGUGGUGGUGCCGAAAAGUUCUUAUGGCUUGCUCAAUUGAGCGAACUUGGAGGCAAGGAUAGCGUUCAGUGGUUCGAGAAGGUGACUAGGUGGGAGGAAGAUGCCGAAACGCGUUGCGAAACUCUGAUCGCAGAGGCUCUUUUGGUCAACCCACAUGCGCCGGAGGUGCUACAGACUCUCGCAUCGAUUAGAAUUUCACAACUGCGGACUGACGAGGCUCGGGCGGCGCUCACCAAGAGUCUCGAGUUAUGGAAGGACCUACCGCCGGAGGACCCAACAGUCCCGGACUUUGCUACAAGGAUCAGUUUGGCUCGUCUAUUGAUGGAGGUUGGCAUGGAGCUUGAGGCUCUUGAGGUCCUGGAGCGCUUGAUCUUGGAAGACGACCAGAGUGUGGAGGCAUGGUAUCUAGGAGGCUGGUGUCUCCAACUUCUCGCGGAAAAGAAGCAAGCGCCAAAGGAUGAGGAAGCUGACAGUGAGACUCCCGAAGCCAGACGCCAUGCAUCACUCGUUGCUAGCCGUGAAUGGCUGAAGCAGAGCUUGACACUCUACGAAGCACUUCAAUACGAGGAUGUAAGGCUCAAGGAGCACGCGGAAGAGCUAGUACAGGAGAUGAACAAGGAAUUGGGAGAAGAAAUGGAGGAUGACGGGGAGGAAGGUGAGGAGGGAGGCGAGGGUUGGGAGGACGAGAUUGAAUUCGCAGAGCCAAAUUUAUCCCGGCCAAUCGAACAUCGCGUGGCGAAAAGUUCAAUGAUGGACCUUGUACCAGCGCCCGGCGGGGAGAGCUCUCCGUUGAAGAAUCCGGUGGUCGAAGUGGAAGCCGUCGAUAUGACCUCCGCGGAGGUGGAAGUUGCGACGGAAAAUCCAGUCUCUGCGCACGGCGAUGUGUCUCUGUCCGAGGAGGAAUCGGAUAGCGGCGACUCUGGAGACGAAUGGGAGACGCAAUCCCUCUACGAAGACGCUAUCCAAAUCCUUCGUGAUGAGCAACUUCGGGAAGGGGUACCUGAUGCUUGCACAUUGGACGAGGCCAUUGCGUUUCGAAAGCGCCUGCAUGAAGUUGGCAAGGCCGCAUUCGUUGAGGAAACCAUUGGCCAGGAUAAAGUGACGGCAAAGAAACUCUGCACUGCAUUUGGGAUCAUGCCCCCGGCUUUCCUUGACGGCGCACCGGACGAGGCUUACCAUGCCUUGCUUGCCAUUGCGAUUUCGCAAGAGUUCUCUCGCCGUCAGAAGCUUCCACAGUACAACACGGUCGACGAUGCGGUUAGGUUACUUCAAGAGUCGAAGAAUAUCAUUGUCCUAACGGGCGCUGGUAUCUCCACGAGUCUCGGUAUCCCCGACUUCCGGUCCAAGGACACCGGGCUCUAUUCGCAAUUGGCGCAUUUGGGAUUAAGCGAUCCGCAGGAAGUCUUCGAUAUCCAAGUUUUUCGCGAAGACCCCAGCAUCUUCUACUCCAUCGCAAAGGACAUCCUGCCUACCGAAAAGAAAUAUUCGCCAACUCAUGGGUUUAUUCGACUCCUGCAAGAUAAAGGAAAGUUGUUGACGAAUUAUACCCAAAACAUUGAUAAUAUCGAGGCGAAUGCAGGCGUUCUUCCCGAGAAGAUUGUGCAGUGCCAUGGUUCAUUCGCGACGGCUACAUGUGUCAAAUGUCAGUACAAGGUGUCGGGCGAUGUGCUCUUCGGGGAUAUCAAGAAGGGGAAUGUGCCUGAAUGCACCACGUGCCAGAAGAGGAUAGAAGAAGAUACUUUGAGACCGCAGGGGCAGAAGCGCAAACGUAGUGCUAGUGGGACACAAAAGAGCCGGAAAACCGAUGGCGAGGAGAGCUCCGACGAGGACGAUUAUGAGCUCCCUACCCCUGGAGUAAUGAAGCCUGACAUUACAUUCUUUGGUGAAGAUCUUCCCCAUGAAUUCGGACAGCGCCUGAUCCACCAUGACCGUGACAAAGUAGACCUCGUCAUUGUCAUUGGUACUUCGUUGAAGGUUGCUCCUGUGGCAGAGGUUCCGGGCGUGUUACCCCGUCAUGUGCCUCAGAUCUAUAUCUCUCGGACUCAAACCCUCACUGAAGACCUCACAGUCCGGUGGCCUUUAGUCGCCAUGGAAUAUGUGAUCCGCUUUGCGCAAGUCCACGAGACUUUUCGACAGCCGGAAAUCCAGGCUCUGGCCACCUUGGCCGGGAUUGAUCUGGAGAUUUUGCAUUAUGAUGAGUUUUCACCAUACUGUGUAGUAAAGCUACCAAAUGAAAAUGCAGCUCGCGCUCUGAUCACACGCAGUAUCCUGGCAAAAGAUAUCUUCGAACUCUGGGGCCAAGGCACCAGCUAUGAAGAAGUGCACGCUGAUGUCCACAAGCGGACACAGCAUCGCUGGCUGGCGUUCAAAGAUGUCUCAUUCCGCUUCACCAUUGACUCCUUCUGCGGGAAGCGCAGCAUGGAAGCCAAGCGGGCAAUCAUCCAAUCCUUCUCGUACCUGGGGUUCGACGGUCCGAUCCGGAUGAAGAACCCAGACGAGGACUUUUGGGUUCUCGAAGACUUCGUCUCAAAUCUUGAAAUCGCAACGAGGGCCCCCGGGACAACACACGCUCCCGGUGAAGCCCAGGAGCCCAGAAUGGUCUACCUCGGCCGUUGGAUUGCCGACAGUAGUCGGGAUAUUAUCGGCAAAUACGAUCUGAAGAAACGUCGGUAUAUUAGUACGACGUCCAUGGAUGCCGAGCUGAGUUUGGUCACGGCGAAUAUGGCCCUGGCUGCGCCCGGGAAACUGUUCUAUGAUCCUUUUGUGGGGACGGGAAGUUUCUGUGUUGCGGCGGCACAUUUUGGGGCCUUGACUUGCGGGUCGGAUAUUGAUCCUCGGAGUUACAAAGGGAAGGAGAAGAAAGAGAAGGAGCCGAUUGCGUUGCUUACGAAUUUUCAGCAAUAUGGCAUUGAGUGCAAGUUUAUGGAUGCGUUCUCGUCGGAUGUGACCAAUACGCCGUUGUUGAACCGGCAGUUUCUGGAUGGCAUUGUCUGUGAUCCUCCCUAUGGUGUUCGCGAAGGACUUCGGGUACUGGGAACUCGAGAUGGCAGUGGUCGAGAGGAAGUUAUUAUUGAUGGUGUUCCGGCCCAUUACCGACCUGGUUACAUUCCACCCAAGAAGCCUUACGGUUUCGAAGCGUUGCAGAACGAUGUCCUCGCUUUUGGGUCUAGAACUCUUGUCACCGAUGGCCGUCUAUGCAUGUGGAUGCCCACCUCAAGUGACGAGGACGUGGAACUACGGAUUCCCAUGCAUCCACAGUUGGAAGUGGUCAGCGUUUCCGUACAGCCAUUCAAUAAUUGGUCCCGCCGAUUAAUCACCUACCGAAGGCUCCCCGAAGGACAAGUCUCAGACAUCUCAAUGGCCCGAAAGAAGGAUGAUUCCGCCGGUAUCAGCGCCGAUGACCUGAACGCAUUCAGAAGAAAGACCCGCCAACCUCUCCCCCUCCUCAUCAUCCAACUCCUCCCUCUGCCCCCGCCCGAACAUCACAAAGCUCAUCCUGGACGCACCAGGCACUGA